AUGAAGAGGCUUUUGCUGCUGUGCGUGACGGCCUUCUGUCUCGGCGAGCUGAACCACGAGUACGUCCAGGUGUUCUACGCCACAGCGGUCGAGCUUCCUGACGUCAGGUUUGUGGUGACGCAGGACGAUGGCGUCAUCGCCAAAUACGGCCUCACACAUGAUGUUGUUCUGAUGCUCAAAAAGUCUAAGCUCAUCAAGGCUUACAAAAUGACGCCCGAGACAUCUAAAGGGGACCUGAUCGUCUUUAUCACCAUCUACCAGAUGGACCCAGUCACUGAGUACACCGGGCAGACAGCCUCUCAGAUCUUAUCGUCGCCUGUGUUAAACCACGCUCUUCUCUUUGUCAACAAAAGUUCAGAAGACUUUGAUGAGAUUUUUUCUGCCUUCAGCACCGCUGCAGAGACAUUCAGGAUGAAGAUUUUAUUUGUGUUGGUGAACGUGGCUGAGCUUCGCAAUGGCAGAAUGAUGGAGUACUUCCGGGUGCGGGACUAUGAGGCUCCCCUAAUCCGACUGGUUAACCUGUCAAAUCACGUGACCUACCAUCUGCCCUCUGACGCCCUGAGCGUAGAAAUCAUAGAAAGGUUCUGCCAGGACUACCUCGAGGGCAAAGCUAAGCCUAAGAUGCAGAGCGAGCCGAUACCUGAAGGAUGGGACCAAAAACCAGUGAAGGAGCUGGUGGGGAUGAAUCUGGAGAAAGUUGCCUUUAACCCAGACAAGACUGUUUUUGUCCUGUUUUAUCUGCCCUACAGUAAAGAGUCCCGCGCUGUGUUUCCGCUGUGGGAGGAACUAGCUGAGGCCUUUGAGGAGCGCGAGGACGUGGUCAUCGCUCGUAUCGAUGCUUCAGCCAAUGAUAUCAACUUGUCAGUGCAGGGCACGUACCCAUCACUCUGCUUGUUUCCUGCUCUGUAUGCUGAAAGGGUGGUGGUUUACACUGGAAAAAAGAAGCUGAAACCCCUGAUUAAGUUUGUAGAGAAGGAGAUGGAGAAAGCCAAAAAAUACAGAGCUAAGGAGGAUGAAGACAGGAGGAAGUACACCGAGGCCAUGAAAGCUGAGGAGGCAAAAAAAGCCAACAACACCAAAGAUGAGCUUUAA